UACACCAGGGAGGCGCGUGACAGUCGCGCGCGCGCGCGCUCACGCACCGGUCACUUGUGUUGUGUCAAACACGUUCAAGUAUGGCUUUGCGCUUUCCCGAACAGAAACGGAAAACAUAAACAGCAUUAUACUUAUUGAACUUCGUCGGUUUCGUGGAAUAAGUGGCUUUAAGUGCUUAAUCGACCUGUAUCGGUUUCCUUUUGAUGUUUCUGGCUUUGAGGAUGGCUUACUUUCAGUAUAUUCUCACUGCUCAGGAACAGUCAUACACUUUAUGUAGUAUAGGACCUUAAAAGCAAGCCAAAAACAAAUUAAAAGCUCAAGCACUAGAUGCUUAGACCAUAUGUGCGAAUAGCACUAAGAUAAACCAGAAGCCAAGUCCAAAGUUUCAUGAGCAGAGGAUCAUGACAUUGUGAAUCUAGAUAGUAACACUUUUCUGCAAGCUGGACGAGAGCCAUGGGCAAGGAGCAGGACCUUCUUCUGGCCGUGAAGAAUGGAGACCUUCCUUUAGCUCAUAAACUUCUAGCCAAGAUCAAGACCAACCGUAAUAAGUUGCUGGGCUCCACUAAGAGGCUGAAUGUGAACUACCAAGACCAAGAUGGUUUUUCAGCUCUUCAUCAUGCGGCUCUCACUGGCACUACUGACCUCUUGUCUCUACUGUUGGAGGCACAGGCCACCGUGGACAUCAAAGACAGUAAUGGUAUGCGUCCACUGCACUAUGCUGCCUGGCAGGGGAAGGCCGACUCUGUACUUAUGCUGCUGAGAGCCGGAGCUUCUGUGAAUGGGGCUUCACAAGAUGGACAGAUCCCUCUCCACCUGGCUGCACAGUAUGGACACUAUGAAGUGUCUGAAAUGCUACUACAACACCAGUCCAACCCCUGUACUGUCAACAAGGCGAAGAAGACCCCUCUGGACCUGGCUUGUGAGUUCGGCAGACUUAAGGUGACCCAGCUGUUGUUGAGCAGCAAUAUGGUGGUAGCUCUCUUAGAGGGGAACGGCAGGGAUAACACUCCCCUGCAUCUCGCUGCCCGCAACGGCCAUAAGGACAUCAUCAGACUGCUGCUAAAAGCUGGGAUUGACAUCAACAGGACCACUAAAUCUGGAACGGCUCUGCACGAGGCUGCCCUCUAUGGGAAAAUGGAAGUGGUAAAAUUAUUGCUUGAUGCUGGGAUUGAUGUGAACAUCCGCAACACCUACAAUCAAACAGCCCUGGACAUUGUCAACCAGUUCACCACUUCACAUGCCAGCAAAGAAAUCAAACAACUCCUUAGAGAAGCCAGUGGAGCAUUGCAGGUGAGAGCUUUGAAGGACUACUGGAAUCUCCAUGACCCCACUGCACUCAACAUCCGUGCAGGAGAUAUAAUCAUGGUUUUAGAGCAGCACAUGGAUGGACGUUGGAAAGGACACAUCCAUGACAGUCAGAGAGGCACCGACCGUGUGGGAUUCUUCCCUCCUUCCAUUGUGGAGGUCAUUAGUCGCAGAUCAGGGGGCGUUCUCUCUCGGCAAGCCUCACUGCCCAUCCAGAGACAUCACAUUCUAUCCAGAGCCCUGUCCUUACACAGUUCUCAACACACCUCUCACACUGACGACUCCUACACCUUAUACUCAUCCACCCGUCCUGUACUGACCCACCACAACGGGCUGGAUCAGCACCCAGGUGCACUUCCCGACAGUCCCAGUGCCCUGUGUAAGCCAGCUAGUCCCAAAGAGCCAGAGGAUAUUUGGGUCCUCAGGACCUCUCUUAAUGCAGGUGACAGGAACAGUGUGGGCAGUGCAGGCAGCAUGGGCAGCAGUCGCAGUGCUGGCAGUGGACAGAGCACUGAGGGAAACUUUCCACACAAUGGACCCAAUCAGUCACCUUCUGCUGUCCAGGACACCACCAAGCUGCCUCCCUCUGCUGGAGAACUGGUGGAACACUGCAGUCAGGCUCCUGACACCACAAAACAGACGGAUCCUUAUUCAGGUGCGCUUGGACGGAGGAUUCCACUGAGCAGCUCCAGACUUGGAGAACAUCAUGUCAUACACUCACAGCAGAUACUAGAUGGCAAGGAUGCUGAGGCUAUUUACCAGUGGCUCUGUGAGUUUCAGCUUGAGCAGUACACAUCUAAUUUCCUCACAGCUGGCUAUGAUGUGCCCACAAUCAGCAGAAUGACCCCUGAGGAUCUCACUGCUAUUGGCGUUACAAAACCUGGACACCGCAAGAAGAUCUCUAUGGAGAUCGGCAACAUGAAUAUCCCAGAGUGGUUGCCAGAUUACAUUCCAUCUGAUAUUGGGAAGUGGCUCAGUGCUAUUGGGCUGCCGCAAUACCAGAAGAAGCUAGCAGAGAAUGGAUAUGACUCUAUCAGCAUUGUGCAGGAUAUCACAUGGGAGGAUCUACAGGAAAUUGGCAUCACUAAGCUGGGGCAUCAGAAGAAGCUGAUGCUUGCUGUUAAGAAGCUCAGUGACGUCCAGAAGGCUCGUAAGAGCCAAGCCGAGGGGCAGGCGUUGCUCCAGCACAGGAGAGCUCCUCCCGCCCUCGAAUUGGUGGCUAUAGAGCAUCAUGACAAUUCUGAAUGCCCCUCAUCACCUUUAUCACCAAAGAUGCUUACGUUCCAAGACAGCGAGUUGAGCAUUGAGCUACAAAACGCCAUGGCACGCAGCGGAUACGGAGGAGGCCAAGAUGGCCUCGGCAGCAUGAGUGGAACAACCAUGCGUCUUAGUCAAGAAAGCAUCGGAACACGGUCAGGAGGGUCAGGACGGUCGCAAGAACGUCCAAUGGCGUCGGUAUCCCCCAACAGCCGCUCACAAGAGAGCCUGGGCAGUAUGGACAACAGUCCCAACAAGGAACAAUACGCCAUUAUGGAAUCUCAGGAUAGAAGCCAAAUAUCACCUGUCAAAAUGGCGCCAGUGUUGCCGCUACAACAUCAUCACCCUUCAUCUGGGAGUCCAGCAAGGACGCCACCCAUAACUACUAGUAAAAUAGCACGUUUCGCAUAUCCACCCGUGCUUACCAAAACUAGACCAGUGGUUUCUUCCUCUCAGCCCCAUCAUGGAUCACCUACUCAGAGGGGCUUCAACUACCUGCAGCAUCAAAACAUGGGAAGCCCAAGUCCAGUCAGAGCCCCGCAGCCAAACGGGGACACCUCCCGGUCCAAAAAGCGCACUCAGAGUCUUUCACGCUACGCUAUGUCAGAUGGAGAGAAUGAAGAUGACAUCUCAGCCCCUACGACGACAACCGUCAGUGUGGCUUCUUAUGCCACGCUCACCCGCAAACCCGGCCGCAGCCAACCGUCUUACACUUCCAGUGAGCGCCAAGUGGGACGUAGUCAUUCCUUCGCCAUACGUGCCAAGAGGAAAGGUCCUCCUCCUCCCCCUCCAAAGCGACUGAGCUCUGCACCAAGUGGGGUAACCACAAGUGGGGUCGAAACGGAGAGCGCAGGAAGCGUCAGAAGCAUUGCAGCCAGGCUGGAGAACAAUACAAGAAGCCCAGACAAGACAUGUAACAGCCCUGUUUUUAAAGCCAUGUCUCCAGUCAUAUCACCGAAAAACAUGGAAAACCGUAGGAGGACCGCUAGUGAAUCGUCAACGUAUCAAACAAAGCAUACGACUGGUGAAAACAUCAGCCCUCUGAGAAACCAACAAGGUUCAACGUCCUCACAGGAGAGCAUACCUUUUGCCGAAGAGGGCAAGGUUACCAUCAAACAAAGGACCAAAAUAGCGGCCGCUAAGAUAGAGUCUGAGGCCGGCGUUGAAAUUCUGAAGUCGGCUCAAUCUAUCAAAUCAUCCCUAGAGGUGCCUGAGUUUAACUUAAAGGAAUCGGACACAGUCAAAAGGAGGCAUAAGCCAAAAGAACUGCAGACGAAAGGUCAGGGCGCCAGCACGCAAAUAGGAAAUGAGAGGGCCGCUGAGACCGGGAUGGUCUCGCAGUGCAUGCAGAAUGGUGGAUUGACAAAAAAUCCUUAUAAAUCUGGCCUCUCUCUGAAUCCAGGAUCUCCACAUAAACCUCCCACCCCUUCUAAGCCCACACGCCAUUCUUCCGCAGCAAACUCAGGAGUGACAGUCAGUGUCGCACAGAGCGUGACCUUUGCCGUCUCACCUCCAUGUACUCCUCUGGCUCACUGUCCACCAAACAAAGCACCUCAAGCUCAGUCUGUACUACCAGGAAAUCCACAGGCUGUGACGGAAGGCCAAAACGUGCUGGUCCACAAACGACUGGAGCAAACCAGCACGUCUCUCGAGGCAGCACUUAAAGUUGUAGAGAAGAAGUUGGCUCAGGAAGAUCCAGCGGACAGGGGCAUUAACACAGUGAAGUCAGCUGGGAACAUUCUUGAUGAUAUAGGGAACAUGUUUGAUGAUCUUGCUGACCAGCUGGAAGCCAUGUUGGAUUGACCUACUGUAAUUCCUACAGGUAUAACCUUUGUGUAGGGCCUUCACACGGGAGCUUCUGGAUGUUUCAGACAUGCAAUGUCUAACGUCUCACACUUUGUUUACGCACUUCGAUGGUCCUGCUCACAAGUAUUAGUUUUAUGGUUGAAUUAAAUGAGCUAAUUUAAAAUACCAGAUUUAAUGGACUGCAGAACAUCUGUUGUGCCUCAAAUUUCCAAAAGAUCCACUUGAGAGCUUCAACAUAUCCCUCACCAAACUGUCGCUUUCUGCAUCUUCAGACAUAUCUGCAGUGAAGAUUGCAGAAUGUAAGCACUUACUGUUCAAAUCUACUGUACUAAAGCUCUUUCAACAGAGACACUUUAAUUUCCUGUUGUGCUUAAAGACUUACAGUUGGCCUCUAGCAAAUGGAUAUACGUGUAAAAUCUAAGUGAGAUACAAUGUGAACCUGGUUUCAAGUGCUCUGACAUUCAUCACUCUUCAAUUUUGUGUUCUUGAGACUAUACAAUCCUUAUUUUCUGUUCAAAAGUAAGCAAUAAUACAGCUGAUCAAAAACAUAACCAAGAAAAACUGCUUGUUAAAGAAGUUCACUUCCAGAACAAAAAUUUACAGAUAAUUUACCCCCUUGUCAUCCAAGAUGUUCAUGUCUUCUUUCUUCAGUCGUUUUUUGAGGGAAACAUUUCAGGAUUUCUCUCUAUAUAGUGGACUUCAGUGGUGCCCCUGAGUUUGAACUUCCAAAGUGCAGUUUAAAUGCAGGUUCAAAGGGUUCUAAAUGAUCCCAGCCAAGGAAUAAGGGUCUUAUCUAGCAAAAUGAUUGGUUAUUUUUUUUUUUAAAAUUACAAGUUUUAUACUUUUAACCUCAAAUGCUUGUCUUCGAUCUCAUUUUCCCAUCUCAUUUUCUUCUCUAACUUCAAAAUCGCCCUACAUUGCUGUUUUACCUUUUUUGUAAUGGGUGUUUUAACUUCUUUGCACAUUCACUGAGUCGGUACUUCUGCAGCUAUGUAGGACAAUUUUGAAGUUGGAGGAGAAAAUGAGAUGAGAGUUUUUCAACAUAAACUGUCUUGAGCUGGAAUACACAAAGUUCACGCAGAGCUAGACAAGAUGAACAUUCAAGGUUAAAAAGUAUAUAAAUUAUCAAUUUUUUUUUUUAGAAAAUAACCAAUUUUUUUUGCUAGAUAAGACCCUUCUUCCUUGGCUGGGAUCGUUUAAGGCCUUUGAAGCUGCGUUUAAACUGCAUUUUGGAUGUUCAAACCCGUGAGCACCAUUGAAGUCCUCUAUAUGGAGAGAAAUCCUAAAAUGUUUUCCUCAAAAAACAUAAUAUCUUCACGACUGUAGAAAGAACGACAUGAACAUCCUGGAUGACAAGGGGGUGAAUAAAUUAUCUGUACAUUUUUGCUCUAGAAGUGAGCUUCUUCUUUAAUGACCCAAACUUAAUGGACCAAGUAUAGCUGACUGUACUGUAACUUGAUUAGUUGAAAAGGUCCAUGUCCUGCCAACAGAUUCAGUGUUGUACAGUAUAUUUUUAGUUUCACUGCACAUUGUAUGCAAGAAUUCAACUAGAGCUUAACAUGUUAAGAAAAUGACUUUCUUAGCAUGUCGAUAGUAUAUUUUGACAACCAUUUUGUUUUGGGAAAGAGAAACAUUAUAUGGAUUACAUCUUUUAUAUAUUUUUGUACCAGAAUGCUAAUUUAUUGGGUUUUCAGGUUAAAAAGGGACAGUCCCUCUUUGUGAAUUCUGUAACGCUGACUGAAAUUGACAAGCAAAUAUAGAAACUGUUGCAAAGCACUACAUUUUUAGGCUUGGCUGACCAAAAGGGAACUUGUAUUUUAAUAAACUAGGGCCCGUGUGGUUAAAACACACAAAACAUCACUAAACUAUGAUCUAGUAGAAAAUACAGAAGAAGAAGUGUUUCUGUGCACUUCUGUGACUCUUGUGCACUUUUACCAUCUUUAUGUAGUGUAUGCACUAUGUAUCUUUAUUUCUGCAUGUACCGUACAUUGUAUUUGACUAAAAGAGACCUUUCUCUAACUGGUUGAUGUCAAUUACUUUGUUCAAAUUGUAUAUGUAAUAACUGCGAGAAGACCAGGCAAUCUUGUUCCGCAUGCUUCUUUUUCUAAGUAACAAUCUGGAAUUAUAGGUUUUGUAUUAUGUGGCAUAAUGGUAUUUUAAUGGACUUUAUGAAAACAGCACUGCUGGUGCUACGGUAUCAUUUAAAUGAGCACUGUGUACUUUAUUUCCCAUGUUCAUUCCUUACUGCAGUGCUUUGUGUGGCAUUGCGCUGUCAAAAACUAAAGACACAUGGUCGUUUUUGCUUUGCCUGAGUGGGGCCACCAGUAUCAUACUGUAAGUAUAAAUAGGCCUCUAAAUCGUUCAUUUGAACUACUUGAAGUAUUAUGUUUAAUAAAAUUGUCAAGAGGUCAAUCCUCAGACUGCUCAUGUCAAAAUGGCUCUAACAUUUGUUUUAUUAUAUAGUAGCAAGUCAUUGAAACUGUCUUUUGGACUUGUGGUAUUAAAAUCAUUUUUGGUUUUAUUGUAAAGACAAACACCAGAAACAGUGGGGGAAAACUGAAAAUGAAAUCAGAAACACUAGAGAGGUGACAAGUGCAGAAAAAGUGAUCAGAAGAAAGUGUUCAGCCAUUGAGCCAGCGGUCCUGACAUUUGGUGUAGUCACAGAU